CGCGUAAAAUAAAACGGACACGAUAUGUUUUGGGAAUUAUUAAUAGGUUUUAUUACCUUUCUAUUAGUCUUGGACUAUUUUAAUAAAAAACAUCGUGAAGAAUUAUUUAAAAAAGCGGGCAUUAAAGGUCCCAAACCACUGCCGCUAUUGGGUAAUGCCCUAUUAGCCAUAGGCAAUAGUACAUCACAGGUUUUUGAAUUCUUAAGGGCCUUAGGCGAGGAAUAUGGCAAAGUAGCACGUUUGUGGGUUUUCGGUGAAUGUGUGAUAAUAAUACGAGAUGCGAAAUAUUUUGAAAGUGUACUCAGCAGCCAGCAAGUCAUUAAGAAAGACGCCUUAUAUGAUCUUUUAAAAUGUUGGCUGGGCGAUGGUUUACUCAUAAGCUCAGGCUCCAAAUGGCAUGCUCGCCGUAAGAUCAUAACACCCACUUAUCAUUUCAAAAUUUUGGAACAAUUUGUAGAAGUAUUCGAUCAACAAAGUUUUAUUAUGGUAGAAAGAUUAAAAGACAAGGCCGAUGGUAAAACCCCUCUAAAUAUGUUUCCCAUAGUGUGUUUGACGGCUUUGGAUAUUAUAGCCGAAACUGCCAUGGGUGUUAAGAUUAAUGCUCAAGAGAAUCCCAACUUCCCCUAUGCUAAAGCAGUGACAGAUGCUGCCGAUAUUAUAGCUACACGCUUUAUGAAACCCGCUCAACGUUUUGAGUUCCUGUUUAGACUCUUCGAAUAUAGAAGUUAUCGUAAAAUGAAACAAAGUAUUGAAAUUAUGCAUAAUUUUACUGAUAAAGUUAUUAGAGAGAGGCGCGAAGCUUUGGAGAAAUCAAUUAAGGAUGGUACCUUUGUGGCCAUGACCAAUACCACCGAUGACAUGGGCGUUAAGAAACGUAUGGCUUUCCUAGAUGUACUCCUACAAUCCACUGUAGCCGGUAAGCCUCUAACCAAUGAAGAUAUACGUGAAGAAGUCGAUACCUUUAUGUUUGAAGGUCAUGAUACCACUACUAGUGGUAUAUCGCAUACUUUAUACCUUUUGGCACGCCAUCCAGAGGUGCAACAAAAAGUCUUUGAAGAAAUUCUACAGGUUAUAGGAAGCGAUAAAGAUAAACCUGUGACCAUGAGAGAAUUACAAGAUUUGAAAUAUUUGGAUGUGGUAAUCAAGGAAAGUUUACGUUUAUAUCCACCAGUACCCAUGAUAGGGCGUAUUACAGAGCAAGAAGUGGAAAUGGAUGGCAAAAUCAUACCCGCUAAUGUUAAUAUUAGUUUGCUUAUUUAUGCCGCCUGCCGAGAUCCCGAUUAUUUUGCUAAACCUAAUGAUUUUAUACCGGAACGUUUUAUGUCCAAUGCUUUGGAUCAUGUUAAUCCCUUUGCCUAUGUACCCUUCUCGGCUGGUCCACGCAAUUGUAUUGGACAAAAGUUUGCCGUGUUAGAAAUGAAAAGUACUAUUAGUAAAAUGAUUAGACAUUUUGAAUUGUUGCCUUUGGGUGAAGAAGUGGUGCCGGUAAUGAAUUUGAUUUUGCGCUCAGCCACGGGUAUUAAUUUGGGUUUGAAACCUAAAGUUUAUUAAGGGAGCGUAGAUUUCUCUUAAGUUUUAGUAUUAUUGUGUAUUUUUAUAAUAAAAUAUUUUAAUUUAAUAAAA